AUGACAGACAACUGCUGUGAAGCUUCAAUGUUUCUGCCUGGUCAUGCACAGUUCUGCAAUAUAAUGCAUAAAUCUCGGCAUCCAGUCAGGGUAGUAGUGAGGUUGGGGGCGUGGAGGGGCGGGGAGGGCGAGGCGAGGGAGGCGGGAGCCGGGUGCCGGUGCGUGCGCGCCCGCUCCUGCCGGGUGAGAGUCCGGGCCGGGUUUUGCGCCGUGUCCCUCGGCUUGUCUCACGGCCUCCAGCCGCCGCCGCUGCCGUGUUUACUGAGCUCGCGCGUCCUGAUAUCACUCCGCUGGCAUGGAGGAGGAGGAGGAGGUGGAGGAGCGAGAGGAGGAGGAGGAGGCGGCGGCGGUGGCGGCGGCGGCGGCGGCGGCGGCGGCGGCGGCGGCGAGCAGUUGAUCAUUGUGAUGGUGGCAGGAGCAGCGGCGGCAGCGGCAGCCCAGCCGAGCGUUAGGGGCUGCUCUCCGCGCGGCGUUUUGCAAAGGACUUCACCGAUCUACUUUUGCAGUCGCCUCGGACUGUCCAUGUGUUUACUUCCCCCAGCCCGAGGAUUCGAUAUCUAGGUUCCUGUGAAAUGCAACUGAGCAGCCAAAGUACUUUGAGAACACGGGGCGGCAUAAACACCAAAACUUUUUUGUGGAAGGAAAAUGCAAUAAGCAAGCUUGCCGUUUUCCGAUGCGGUGUGGAGUGAGUGUGUGUCGCGCGUGUCCGCACUGGAGGCAUAUGCUUGUGUGUGUACAUGGGGUGUAUUUUUCGGUACGUAGGGAGAAAAUGCUUGCCAACCACCGGAAAUCUCCUGGAAUUUAUUAGAAAAUAAUGGAUUAUAAAAAGAAGGCAGGAGAGGAGCGGAUCUCCCCUUGAGUUGCAACCCGAUUUGCUGCUGGUUCAGUUUGUUGUGAUUCUUUUUGUUGAUAGGUGUCUGAUGGUAUUCUGAUAACACCCCCCUUUUUUCCCCUCGAGCUUUACAGUUUAAAAAAAGGAAACAAAAAAAACCCACCCCAAAAUCUCUCCCCCUUUUUUUCGCCCCGUCGGGAUCGCUGUUUCCAUCCAUGUGCUUGCGUCUCCCCCGCGUUCCACUUAAACUAUUUUAAUUCUUGGACCCAAGGAGGAGGCUGAUAGGGGGGUGGAUAAAAAAAAGUUCUUCCAAAAUAGUGUG